CCGUCGUCUCGCAAUCUUCGAACUUGGAAUAGAGCAUACUGAGUGCUGAGCUGAGGCCCCCGCAAUCAACAUUCGGUAAUUCGAAAGAAGCUAGCACUUGGACCUCUCUAUCACACUUCACCUAGCAGGGUACCCAAAUAUCUCAAGUUCACAAUGACAGAUACGAUUCGCCCUGAUAGUAUCGCGGAUUUCAAUGCAGUUGGCCGCACGACAGGAACAAAAGCGGACCUGGCGGGCAUGGAAUUCUUGAUCCACUGCCCCCCCGACCUCCCUCCAAGAAGCCGGAUCGUUUCGCUUUGUGGAAUUACGGACUGGGGCGAUGGUGCCAGCCCCCAAAAAGAUGGGUGGUUCAUAUCGGACUUUUACCUCUUUCACCAUCUCCUACGCCCUCGUGGUAAAUUCGUCUCUUUCCUUGGUGAUUGCUCUCUUUUACAUAUGAAACUUAGCUGACUAAAAGCUCCCCAGAUCCUCUAUCAACUAACCAGAUCUGGUUGACCUCAGAGAGCCCCGACGAUUUGGUCCGAAAAUAUACAGAAUAUGCACACGGGGAUCCCCACGGGGAGAGACGAGUCGUCUUAGAGACACAGUUGUUGGAUGAAAUCUCCUCUGCGGGGAACUUGCGUGUUGUCGCCAGAAAGGACCUCCUUGAGAGAUUUCUCAACACCGUUCGCGAACAGGCCCUGAUUGCGGAACGCCAAAGCGAACAGCUAGUUAUUAUGAUAUUCGGCCAUGGAGAUGCCGUGACCUCUGGGGUCCUCGUUGGCGACGAAGGAGACUCUGAGAACACUCCGCGACUCUUCAUGCGAAACAUCAGCAGAUUGCUUCCCAGCGAUUUGUCAGUAACUCUGCUGAUAACAUCCUGCUAUUCUGGAGGCUGGCUCGUCUGCCCCGAUCUCUCUAGAUCUUCGCGAUACCUCAAUGUGACCGGUAUUGCCGCCGCCGGAGAGGAGAAGGAAUCCCACUCCUGGCCCGUUAGCAGAAGUAUAGGCCGUGCAAGCGGCAGCUUGGCCGCCUCUGCCAUUCUUGCGUCCCUGAUCAAGGUUGAAGACGAGGUGUCACAAGAGUUGGAAGAAAUCUCGCCACAUCCAACAUACAUUGAAUUUAGCCAUUCAAUAUUUAAAACCAUCAAGGCAAUGCACUUUUUCGGAGAGGAACAGAGGAUACACUUUAGCGCAGAAGACGACGAAUGGGAGAUGAAUUACCAGAGUCGUCUUGGGCUCCCGCUGGCAUCCUACAAGACUCGAUGGGAGUCCCUCCGAGAGAUCCCGGCAACCGCCCCCUCUGAAGGGGACGCAGGGGAAGCUCUUCUUCCAAGAACAGGUAAUGCACGACAAUGUGGACGGCUUCAGGUCCUUGCUCGAGAAUACUUUGCUGCGAAUCCCGGUCCAGACAAUGCUGGGCCCAACGUAGCGUUUCACAACGCGCUCAGAUUCAUUCUGAGCGGGAGAACCGAUUCCGCCAAAGAGGAACUCAGCAGAUUGUUUGACAUCGUGACAUACAGGCUUGGCUCCAUGCAUGAAGCCGACUACCUCCGGACGCAAAUGGAAAUUGAGUUUCCUUCAAUCUUUGACGUUGAUAUCUACGAAUGGAAGAAAGCGAACUGGCUUGAAUUCACUGCCCAAGACAGAGCGGAGAAAGAGCACAUUCAAUCGAAAAUUCGUCGUCUCAUACAGCAGAGGCGGCUCCUGACACACCCCAUCGGGGGUGGCUUGUCAUACACAAAGCCCAUAAACUACCUCGCGCUUGCCCUCCUUGAGUCGGGGUUACCUUGGGAAGAAAUCGACAACCGAAUAAAAAAUGCCAGUCUCCAGAAGGUGGCAUGGUACCGUUCGGUCUACAAGGCAUGGCGAGGGAAGGGUGUGGUAAAAAAUGAGGCGGUCAUUACCCGCCGACGGGCAUUUUUGGAAACGGUUAAGAGGAUGGGUUGGAAGAUCACUGAGAGGAGUGAGUCAUGGUGAACUAGGUUUGAGCUCACUAGGCUUGAUGCUUAGUGAUUUCGACUGGGGCCAAAAUUUGUUGGUGCC